AUGUCAACACGGCGCCAAGUUCACUACCCCAUAUCAACUACAUGUCAACACGGCGCCAAGUUCACUACCCUAUAUCAACUACAUGUCAACACGGCGUCAAGUUCACUACCCCAUAUCAACUACAUGUCAACACGGCGCCAAGUUCACUACCCCAUAUCAACUACAUGUAAACACGGCGCCAAGUUCACUACACCAUAUCAACUGCACGUCAACACGGCGCCAAGUUCACUACCCCAUAUCAACUACAUGUCAACAAGGCGCCAAUAUCACUACCCCAUAUCUAAUACAUGUCAACACGGCGCCAAGUUCACUACCCCAUAUCUAAUACAUGUCUACACGGCGCCAAGUUCACUACCCCAUAUCAACUACAUGUCAACACGGCGCAAAGUUUACUACUCCAUAUCUAUUACAUGUCACACGGCGCCAAGUUCACUACCCCAUAUCAACUACAUGUCAACACGGCGCCAAGUUCACUACCCCAUAUCUAAUACAUGUCAACACGGCGCCAAGUUCACUACUCCAUAUCUAUUACAUGUCUACACGGCGCCAAGUUCACUACCCCAUAUCAUCCCAUUGGUGCCUUAA